UAUGGUAAUUGCGUCCGAGAGUUUGCGGUCGUGAUUCACGCAUUUAGCUGUGUGAACGACAGCCAACAUCAUACGACUUGCCCACCAGCCAAACAAAUUUCGCUAAUCGCUCUUCUUGACUGCCAUGGGUUCUGAACAGCGAGCCCGCCCAAUCGUCAUCGUCACAGGUGCAAACGCUGGUGUAGGCUACGCUAUUUGUCAACGACUCCUUCUCCAACUUGCACAACGCCUUCCAUCUGAUGGUCUACCUCAGCGCUCUAUUGCACGAUCAAUAUCUAUCGACGAAGCUGCUGAAAUUGAUUUGGAGGACUUUGCGGAGUGCGAGGGAAUAACACUCAUUCUCGCAUGUCGAAGCGUGUCAAAGGCAGAACAAGCUCGCAAAGAAUUCGUGGCUUUGCUUGAUAACGAAGUCGAGAAGAUUAAACGGACAAAAGGAGGUGCGGAUGCGAAUCAUGCACAAUCGUUUAGGGAUAAUGUGGAUUUGGUUGUGCAAAGAAUCGACCUCGCGUCAGCUGAGAGUGUGUUCAGUUUUGCAAGAGCAAUAAAUUCAAAAUAUCCGUAUGUAUCGCACUUGGUAUGCAACGCAGGCGUAGCAUCGUUCAUUGGAUAUGACUGGCCACUUGCGUGCAAACAAUUACUCACGGAUUUCCUUGGCGCAGUAACGAGCCCAUUGUUCAAACUGCAGAGGAUAGGCGAAUUAAGUGAAGAUGGGCUAGGAUGGAUUUGGCAGUGUAAUGUCUUUGGACACUACAUGCUGUUCCGGCUCCUUGAGCCUUUGCUAAACCGAUAUAGAGGCCUCACUCGUGCACCCUCUCGAGUUCUCUGGAUGUCCUCCCUUGAAGCGAAUCCCGCAUGCUACGAUCCAGAAGACUGGCAACUCGUACGCAACGCUCGUUCUUACGAAGCAUCAAAAUACCAGAUAGAUCUAUUGGCUGGCUGGUUCGAGCAACGGCAGCAACGUGCACUCUCUGUUUCCGAUAAGAAAAGAGAAGCUGGAUUUAAAGAUGGGAAUGCAAAUACACAAGUGCCUGUACGGCAUUUCUUAUUCCAUCCAGGCGUCGUGCGGACGAAUAUCGCAACCAAAUCGCUUAAUAGCAAUGUACUCGACUUUCUCAUGCAACUGAGUUUCCUUAUGGCACAUUUCCUCGGGUCACGCGUACACGUCAUCACACCAUACAAGUCUGCAAUCCCAGCUGUUCAUCUCAUGCUGGUUGCUCUUCCUUUCAUCACUGUCGCUUCCUCUAACCUGCCGGGUUCGGAGAAACCUAAAUCUCAAAAAGCUCCAACGCCACUCAAGUUCGGAGCACAUGUUGAUUAUUGGUUUAACGAAUAUGUCGGGACGAUGCCCGUUCCUGAGUGGGAGGAACGUCAAGAUCAAGCUGCAGAGCUCGUGCAACAUUGUGAAGAGCUGUUUCUCGAGCUUAAAAAGAAACAAACGGAGAAGUCAUGACGUCUUUCGCCCAAUAUCCAUCUUCUCGGAAUUUUUACGAUCUUGGGAUAUAUUUGAACUUUAUUUUUGCCUAGCUAAUACCUUGUUUCUUUCGCGCUUGCAUAUGAUUUUCCGCCAUGUCCAUAUUCCUAUGCCCCAUGCGAGUUCUCCAAGUAUGCAUCGUAUUUUAGCACUGCGCCCAACAAGACGUUCGCACCGGCGGCACUGCAAAUCCAUGUUCAGUUAAGCGAAAAGCCGACCCCAUCGUAAGAAAAACGGAAAACGCACAUGUCUUCGGGGGAAGAAUAUUCUGCUGGAUUGUGCGAGAUUCCGUCUUUGCACCGGAUAAAGAUCAUGCUUGUUGGGACUCUUGACCCCGCAUAUACGCUGUUUCGCUCGAGAAUCAACCAGGAGUGUACAAAGGAGUGCUUCGAAGACAGACUCACGAAUCAUGUCCCGCGCCACUUUGGAUAUCUCUGGAAGCAUACCCACUCUCUUUUGCAGCCUUCCUUACAAAUUCAACCAUGCGAUCAUCAAAUUUCGUCAACGGCGCUGUCCAAAACCGA